GCUGCAGCCCUUCCGUCCUUCUCCAACUUUCCGGACUCCGAGAUUCACUGCCACCCCCUCCCCCCACCGAAGAACGAAAGCAAGCAAGAUACCAUCGCCAUCACCCCAAGCCCAGCUGCCUGAACCGCCUCUUCUUCGCCAACAUCUCUGCAUAGAAACCAAUAUAUACGCCCGCGCGCAUCAGAAAUCACAAGCUAUUGCUCCUGCUCGACGAGAACGACCGACCUACGUCACGUCGCCCGGUCACGCCCGCACAAAACACCAUGUCCACCGCUGCCGCCGCACCACAGAACGUCCUGGCCGCCAGGGACGUCAACGCCCCCAUGGCCACCGUCGACGCCUCGACGGCCGACAAGCCCAACCUUAAGAGCAUGGACUACCACCGCCAGGUCCUGGCCUCCAAGAUGGAGGAGGAGAAGACCAACCAGUACAUCUCCCCCUCGGAUAAUAUCAUGAGCCCGUGCAGCGCCAAGCUCAACGCCUACCGCAACAAGCAGGUCGGAAAGGCCAAGCCAAAGUCCCUCUUCGCCCAGGCCUCGUCUAAGAAGCUGAGUGGCAGCGGCGACGGUCUCUUCGGCGCCAAGCCCGUCCCGUCACCAACCUCGACCGUCAAGGAGACAGCCGCCAUCUGAGAAUCGUUGAUCUCCCUUCACUGCCUUCAAACUACCCACUAAUGCCACCGAGAGGGUCUCCCCCGUGCCCGCGUUGGCUUGCGCGGGGUGGUCUUCUCCCCCCAUCUGUACCACUCACGACUUGUCUUGACCCAGGAAAGGGAUCAUGAUCAACAUCCGGAUUUGCGGCGUUCUCGUGGGGCUCGGUUGCUAGUCCUCUUUUCGUCAUUGUUUUUUUCUUCUGUUUUGUUCCUCUUCUGCCUGUGUCUUUCUCUAUCUUCAUUUUCUUUUUGUCUUCCCUGAUUUCGGCGAAGCAGAAUGUUUCUUGAAAGCCCCUCGGCGCUUCUCGCUGUCUGACGACUUUCCAGAUUGGAUAGCUUUUUCUGGUUCGCAGCAGAUUACGCAGGACAUGAGACAUCUUUUGCUGGAUAUGGUACGGGAAGGUUAUCACGGAUGUCCUCUGGGACCGGUUUCUUGGGAAGUUUGGUAACGACACGACUUGAUGACCACACUUCUAAUGGAAUAGAUUGAUGACUGGGUCUCUCAUUACCUUUAUGACGCAUUUCUCAUGUUUUCGG